GUUGGUGAUACAGAGGUCAACGGAGCCGAGUCGUCUGCAGCCCCCGCGUGAGGGACACCGACACUAACUCCACCUUAACUAUUUUAAAUAAGUAACUACACGAGGAAGACACGAUGGGUAAUAUUCAAGCUGCUGGACCGGGGGUACUUGCACCACCACCACCACAACCUGCUCCACUCACCGUCACCCCUACACCCGAGGAGAAGAAGACCGAGGUUGUAGAAGGUGGCACAGAGAACCCAGGCACUAUGGAAGACCUACACAAGAAAUGCAAAGAUGUGUUUCCAGUAAUGUUUGAAGGUGGAAAAUUCAUGUUGAACAAAGGACUGAGCAAUCACUUCCAAGUUUCUCAUACGAUUAACUUCUCCACUGUACAGCCACCUGGUUACAGGUUUGGUGCUACAUUUGUGGGCACUCAGCAAGUGUCACCAUCAGAAGCAUAUCCUGUUAUGUUAGGUGAUGUUGAUCCUUCCGGUAACCUAAAUGCCAAUAUCAUACAUCAAUUGUUACCGAACCUUAGAGGAAAAUUUGUAGCUCAAAUUCAGCAGAGUAAAUGGCAGGCCACACAAGUAACGAUGGACUGGCGUGGUGCAGACUACACAGCAUCUCUGACCUUGGGCAACAUAGACAUAAUAAAUGGGUCAGGUGUGGCUGUUACUCAUUACUUGCAGCAAGUCACCAAAAAGCUAGCACUGGGGACAGAGUUAGCUUAUCAGUAUGGGUCACAGGUUCCCGGGGGCCAUAUUGCAGUGCACUCUAUCGCUGGUAGAUAUACUGGUGACAGUUUUACAGCCUCAGGAACAUUAGGUGGUGCUGGCAUUCAUCUGUGUUAUUACCAAAAGGCUACAGAACAGUUGCAGUUUGGAGUUGAGUUGGAAACAAGUUUACGAAUGCAGGAGUCUGUUGCUUCUAUGGCAUACCAGUUGGAAAUUCCUAAAGCGAAUACUGUAUUUAGAGGAACUCUUGAUUCUAACUGGACUGUUGGAGCGGUAAUGGAGAAGAAACUAAUGCCAUUGCCUUUCACAUUGGCUUUAUCUGCCAUGCUCAACCACCCUAAGAAUCAGUUUAAGAUUGGAUGUGGUUUUAUAAUAGGCUAAUGUAAGAGUGAUGUGUAUAGAAUCUUGAUUGAUGUGGUCAUUCCUGUGUCAUGCUUUCCUGAGUCAAUGAGCAGUUUAAGCUCUGUUGACAGGAUAUAUGAAUGGGUGAGUACCAAGUCUUAAAUAUUGUAUAGGGAUAUUGGAAUGUACAUACAAAUGUGGGAAAUCCAUUGCCAUAAUUUUCCUGUGCAUCACUGGGGAGUUUUACUGUGACCAAGUACCAUGUACUUACUAGAAUAAUAGUACAGUUAUGAAAACUUAAUGGUAUUUUAUUUCUUGGACAAUAGUUUCCCCUACUGCACAUUGUUGCUGGUUGGACCCAUUAUAGCUAUGUUCAUCCUGUAUCAUCCUUGGCAGUAUCGCUGUGCCAGAAUAGGAUGAUACUGGUAGUUGACUUGGAUAUUCUGUUAUCAUUCCUUAUGAACAAAGGUCUCUUUUUAAUGCUGUCAAAAUGUGUGCUUGUUUCUUUUGAAAAUUAAUAGGUAAUGCUUGAAGAUCAUUGCAGCAUAUGUGUACCAUUUUAUAGAUAGGAAUCUUAAUGUGGGUAGCCAUGCUAUAGCAAAGAUCAGACACUUAUUUUAUUUUGCCCUCACUAUUGUGAAUUAUAUUGCUUUGGCUGUCUGCCCAUCUGUCCCGUAUUCAUUUUCGUGUACUGUACUAAAAAGAUAUUGGCUGGAUGAUCGACUGUCUGUUUGGUGUGUAAUUAUGUUUCGUGAAACUACAGGUCUUUUUGGUUCUGGGCAAACUUGAUGAAUCAUUUCAUGUGCUAUGUCCUUUUUCAAAAAAAAUUACUUUGUGGGGGCAUAUGUGUACUGCAUUACAAUUAUUAUUAUUUUUUCAAUAUUAUUGAAUGGAAAGAUUGAUGUCAUAAAGUGAAGUUGAUAUCUUGAUUUUGUAGUUCAAGAAUAUAGUAACAAAUGAAAUUUCUAGACUAAUUUUGUUUUGCUAAAAACGAGUAGAAGUUUCCUGCGAUAGAAAUGCAGUGGCUAUUCCAGUUUUAUGACCUUUGCAAGCAACAGAUACUGGCACUUCUUGCAUUACAUCGGGUGUGGGAAUUAAAACUGGUUUCAAAGUACAGUAUCGGAUUCAUGGCAUCAUAACUAAUGAUCUUGUUUUUUCUUUUAAUACUAUGGUAAUAUAUAUAUAUAUAUAUAUAUAUAUAAAACUUAAUUUAAUGUAACAUUUCUUUUUUAAAUUUUAAUGUGUGAAAAUGAUUUUUAGACAACAGAAUCAUUACCAUAUUGCUGUACAAGUGAAGAGGUGCAGUUGAGUGUUAAUUACUUGAAGGAAAGUGUAUGCCCUAGAUAUUUGAAGGUCCUAAUGUGGGUAAGAAAUGUUAUUUGAUAAUCUGUACACCAGUCAUUAUCAGAUCGAUCCAGUCUAAAAGCCUGUGAAUGCAUGUCAGCCUUUUUUUUUCACACAGCUGAUAGCAUCAAUUCAGUUCUUCCUAUUAUCUCUAUUAAAGCAGUAAAUUAUUAAUAUUCACCGAAUUGGUUCUUUAUAUUAUUUAAGGAUGAUCAUUUUGGAUUAAAAUAUAACAUUCAUAUUUUUUUAUAUUGGAAUAUCUACCAUAAAGUAACUAAUUAGGGGGCUCUAAAGGGCUUGCUCUUAUUUGCUGCUACAUUGUACUAGUCUGUAUUAUGGCCACAGAGAAUUUAUAUUAAUGAACUGUACUCUUAUGAUUUUGCAUUACCUCCCAUUGUAGAUAACCGUGAAUAUAAGUAACAGAUUGUUGGAGUUGUUUUGAUAAUUGUUACCAUGUACAAAACAGAUGGUUCUUUUAACA